CUUGAUGAUCGGCUUGUGAUCACUCGAACAAGUUUGCAAAACGUUUGCAAAACGCUGUUAAAAAAUCCCGUGAGCGAAGAACGCCGAUAUUCGAGGCUAGAACGUAUCUGUAAUUUCUUGAACGUUUUACGAGAGUCGGCAAUUUCGACGACGAACCGCACGCAAUCCUUUUCGCGCCAUCUUCUUAAGGAAAACGGUGAAAAAACCGUAGUAAACUUGCCCUCGAAGAAUAACAGAAACCAAGAAUGGCAGACAUAGAGGAUACUCACUUUGAGACUGGAGACUCAGGUGCUUCUGUAACAUACCCGAUGCAAUGUUCGGCUCUGCGUAAAAACGGAUUUGUCAUGCUGAAAUCUCGGCCAUGCAAAAUUGUAGAAAUGUCAACUUCUAAAACAGGAAAACAUGGCCAUGCUAAAGUACAUCUUGUAGGGAUUGAUAUUUUCACUUCAAAAAAGUAUGAAGAUAUUUGUCCGUCAACGCACAAUAUGGAUGUGCCAUUUGUUAAGCGGGAAGAUUAUCAGCUAGCAGACAUAUCUGAUGAUGGCUAUUUAUGCCUGAUGGCUGAUAAUGGUGAACUCCGUGAAGAUUUAAAAAUUCCUGAUGGUGAACUGGGUGCUCAAUUACGUGCUGAUCAUGAAGCUGGAAAGGAACUUCUUUGCACCGUCUUGAAGGCAUGUGGUGAAGAAGUUGUGAUCGCUAUUAAAACUAACACUGCCAUCGAUAAAUAAUUGUGUUCAGUCCAGACUCCACCAUCACAUUAAAGAAAAAACAAAACACACACAGUUAAUAUAUUAUUAAGAGAAACCUAAGAUACAAUACAAGAUGAUCAAUGGUUAACAUAAGGACUACUACCAACAGCAAAUAGAGAAGAAAGGAGUGGGGGGGGGGGCUUGAGAAAAGAGUGAAAGAAGGGAAAAGAAAUAAUAUGGGAAAGGAAAGAGGCAAACACAUAAUUUAAAAAACUGGGAAGGAAGAGAAAAAUAAUGUGCGUGAGCGUGUAAGUGUGAGGGAGGAGAGGAUUACAAAUAAUGAAUUACUUGCAAAAAAAUAAAAAAAAAAACACAAAUAAAAAGAGAAUAAACCAAGAAACAGUAUCAGCUUAGACCCUGGAAAAAAUGAAUGUCUUUGGUGGCUUAAAAUGUUGAGAUUAAAAGGCAGUCUUGACAGUGGAAAAUUUUUAAAGAGGACUACUUCGCCUUAAUUUGUGAUUUCUAAAACGUAAUUAGAAUUUUAUUUCUAUUGAAAUUUCAAUUACAUCUCAGUGGUAAUAUAUAAUUUUAUUUGAAACUAUGAUUUUAUUGAAAUUUCAAUAUUUCUAAAAUUCUAAUUAUUUAAAAAUUUUGUUCCCUUACAUUAACCCCUUUUCUCUAUUUUAAUUGAAGUUUCAAUUCCUUUACAAGUUUCAUUUAAAUUUUUUGUUAUAGUCAAAUCUCAAUUCUAUAUGAAUUUAUAGAGAACGUAUAGAAUUUUAAUUCUUAUAAUACCUUAUAUUUGUUUGGGAUUCUGUCUUUUUUUUCUCUCCUUUAUUCAAGUUCGUUAAAUCUUUUUUUAUUAAGAUUAUGUUUUAGAACACCCAGCUUAAUUUAGAAUUAACAUCUUGUUUUGGUUUUGAAUUUUUUUUUAUAUAAUUAUAAUUCUGUCUAAUUUUUAUUAGCAUUCUAUGCUACUGAAAUAGCGUUACAAAAAUUCAUGUCUUACUAGAAACCUUAAUAUCUGUUAUUUAUCCAAUAUCCUUAUCUGAUAAUAACUUAUUCUUGAAGGUUUUUAAUUUUAUAAUUUUUGUUCUUGAUUAUAAUUUGAAUACUAAAUACCAUUAAAUUAAAAAAAUAUAUUUCUAAUUUCGAUAAAAUUUACUGCAUCAUAUUUCAAAAUAGUGAAAUUGAAUUUUUUUCAUAGAUCUGAGAGAUUUUUAUUAAUUUUCUAUGAAAGUUAAAGCUUUUAUUUAGAAGCCAUUUUGUAGAAAGACCAUUUUAUAUUUAACAAUUUUCAAAACUUUGAUAUUCUGAAAUUAGAAUCGAAACUUCAAACUCGGUAAAUAUUGAGCUCUUAAAUCCUAACACAAAAUUUUGGAAUUCAAUUUGAACUUCAAACUCGGUACAUGUAAUUUUAAAGGUAAUUUCAAACUUGAAUUCUGAAAUUUUAAGUUUAUCACUUAAUUUCGAUUUCUGACUUGAAGUUUGAGUUACAAUGUAACUAUUUAAGUUACAUUAAAGGCUCGAUUUCAAAACAGACUAUACCAUGUACGAAAACAUAAGAAGAUUUAAGAAAAUAUAAAAAAUGAAUGAUAAGAAACAACUAAGCUACUGUAAUCUAAGCAGACUAAUUUAAGAUUAAGACUACUUAGAUAAAUGAAUUUAAUCGAUAAAAGGAAACU